UUGAUCCAAACGGGCAGUACGUAAGACAUCCUGUCGGUAUAGGGGCCUCAUCGAUGGAAUGCCUGAGCUGUCCGUCUGUGCCAACAUGGCGAUUCGAGCGGGAGCUGUGGGGCUCGGCCGUUACUGGCUUUGGUUGCUAACGGCGCUGCAGGCGAUAUCUGCUUAUGGAGCAGAAUUAUCAUCGGAGGCAUGCAGAGAUCUUGGCUUUUCCAGCAAUUUGCUGUGCAGUUCUUGUGACCUUCUUGGCCAAUUUGGCCUGAAUCAGUUGGAUCCAUUCUGCAGAAAGUGCUGCCAAGAAGAAGUUCAAUCUGAAACUAGAAAGCUCUAUGCAGGAGCAAUCCUUGAAGUGUGUGGAUGAAAAUUGGGGAGGUUCCCUCAGGUUCAGGCUUUUGUCAAGAGCGACAAGCCCAAACUGUUCAGGGGACUGCAGAUUAAGUAUGUGCGUGGCUCUGAUCCUGUACUGAAGCUCUUGGACGACAGUGGGAACAUUGCCGAAGAACUGAGCAUCCUGAAAUGGAACACAGAUAGCGUUGAAGAAUUCUUAAAUGAAAAGCUAGAACGUCUCUAAAUAUUUUUCCCUUUUAUAAAGAAUUGAAAUAUGGAUUUCUCAUAUCACUUUUCAUCAUCCUAAUCUCUUCAAAGUGUGAUAAAUGCUGGAAAACAUCCCAGCAUUGGCAUUAAUUUGAACACUAUUCCGUAUUACGUGGAUAUUGAUUACAAGGAAUUUCAAGCAAAGCAGAGUUUAUAAAUUGGUAGGCUGAUCAAAUGACUGUCAAAGUGUAUUUCAAUUCAGUUUUGUAGAUAAGAGAUCCUUAAUGUUUGAUACAAAUCUGAUGCAAAUUCUGAGAAGUUUUACAAUUUGAAUAUUUUUCAUAAAGGGAGCCUAUUGGUCAGUUUCUCUUAAUUAGGUGAAUGUUCUGUGCUUGCAUAUAAGUGUGCAUAUUAAUUAUGCUGCCAUCCAUUAUACAAUGAUGAGGGCCUUGGUACCAAAUACAAUAUACUGUAUUCCAUUCAGUCCCACCCCACCCCCCAAAUACUGGCUAUCUUUCUUUGCAUUUUGUAUUUCCCAACUAUUCUUUUUUUAUAACUGAGAAUAUUCAUAAUGGAUCCUUGCUUUUUUUUAAAAAUGGUUUGCGGUUUUGGAAGGACUCAUGCUGUUGAAUGACUGGAAAAUGCUAGGGGAUUGUACUUAAUGAUGACUACAUAGAAAGCCUUAAUGAGGUGUAUGUAUGUCUGAUGUCAGUUGUACUUUCACUAAAUUAUUCUAUUAUCUUCAGCAGACAUGAGUUCAGUGAAGAGGAAAAUUAUUUGAGAGGGCAAUAAAUUACUUCACAAAA